AUGCCCAAUUUCACCCCCGGCUCCGGUGGUCUCAGCAUGGUGGUUGUCUGGCUACGAAUGCCCGGGCUACCACUGGAUUACUGGGAGAAAUCUAUUAUCCUUCAGAUGGCGGCGAAGGCCGGCAUGCCACUAGCGGUGGAUGAGGCGAUGAAGAAGGGUAAGAAGUCGGGUUUUGCAAGGGUAAAGAUUGAGGUGGACCUAAAAAAUCCACUGAGAGGAGGAACAUAUGUGAAGGGAAAGGCACAGUGGUUGAAGGAGAGGUUUUGGCAAGUGUUUAUCUAUGAGAACCUGCCAAAUCCUUGUUGCAGAUGCGGCAGAGUGGAUCAUGAAGAAGCCCACUGUACCUUCACCUCCGUGACCGAGCCGGCCGAUGUUUCGGGGGAUAGGCGUGGUAAGGCAAUGAUGGAGGAGAUGUACUUGGUUGCAGAGUCCUCUACACAUGGCGGGGAAAAAGGGAACGACCAACCGGAGAACCAGGGGUAUGGGCCGUGGAUGGUCACCCACUUAGGGAUAACUUGGAAAUAUUGA